AGGCCUAAGCGCAGACGCACUGAGCUGAAGCAGCCAGUGAUGGCGGCAGCGGCAGUGGUGUCUGCGGCGAGUCCGGGCCCAUGAGGCGACGACGGAGGCGGGACGGCUUCUACCCAGCGCCGGACUUCCGAGACAGGGAAGCUGAGGACAUGGCAGGAGUGUUUGACAUAGACCUGGACCAGCCAGAGGACGCGGGCUCUGAGGAUGAGCUGGAGGAGGGGGGUCAGUUAAAUGAAAGCAUGGACCAUGGGGGAGUUGGACCAUAUGAACUUGGCAUGGAACAUUGUGAGAAAUUUGAAAUCUCAGAAACUAGUGUGAACAGAGGGCCAGAAAAAAUCAGACCAGAAUGUUUUGAGCUACUUCGGGUACUUGGUAAAGGGGGCUAUGGAAAGGUUUUUCAAGUACGAAAAGUCACAGGAGCAAAUACUGGAAAAAUAUUUGCCAUGAAGGUGCUUAAAAAGGCAAUGAUAGUAAGAAAUGCUAAAGAUACAGCUCAUACAAAAGCAGAACGGAAUAUUCUGGAGGAAGUAAAGCAUCCCUUCAUUGUGGAUUUAAUUUAUGCCUUUCAGACUGGUGGAAAACUCUACCUCAUCCUUGAGUAUCUCAGCGGAGGAGAAUUAUUUAUGCAGUUAGAAAGAGAGGGAAUAUUUAUGGAAGACACAGCCUGCUUUUACUUGGCAGAAAUUUCCAUGGCUUUGGGGCAUUUACAUCAAAAGGGGAUCAUCUACAGAGACUUGAAGCCGGAGAAUAUCAUGCUUAAUCACCAAGGUCAUGUGAAACUAACAGACUUUGGACUAUGCAAAGAAUCUAUUCAUGAUGGAACAGUCACACACACAUUUUGUGGAACAAUAGAAUACAUGGCCCCUGAAAUCUUGAUGAGAAGUGGCCACAAUCGUGCUGUGGAUUGGUGGAGUCUGGGAGCAUUAAUGUAUGACAUGCUGACUGGAGCACCACCAUUCACUGGGGAGAAUAGAAAGAAAACAAUUGACAAAAUCCUCAAAUGUAAACUCAAUUUGCCUCCCUACCUCACACAAGAAGCCAGAGAUCUGCUUAAAAAGCUGCUGAAAAGAAAUGCUGCUUCUCGUCUGGGAGCUGGUCCUGGGGAUGCUGGAGAAGUUCAAGCUCAUCCAUUCUUCAGACAUAUUAACUGGGAAGAAUUGCUGGCUCGGAAGGUGGAGCCCCCAUUUAAACCUCUGUUGCAAUCUGAAGAGGAUGUGAGUCAGUUUGAUUCAAAGUUUACACGUCAGACACCUGUUGACAGCCCAGAUGACUCGACUCUCAGUGAAAGUGCCAACCAGGUCUUUCUGGGUUUUACAUAUGUGGCUCCAUCUGUACUUGAAAGCGUGAAAGAAAAGUUUUCCUUUGAACCAAAAAUCCGAUCACCUCGAAGAUUUAUUGGCAGCCCACGAACACCUGUCAGCCCAGUCAAAUUUUCUCCUGGGGAUUUCUGGGGAAGAGGUGCUUCAGCCAGCACAGCAAAUCCUCAGACGCCGGUGGAAUACCCAAUGGAAACAAGUGGAAUAGAGCAGAUGGAUGUGACGAUGAGUGGGGAAGCUUCAGCCCCACUUCCAAUACGACAGCCGAACUCCGGGCCAUACAAAAAACAAGCUUUUCCCAUGAUCUCCAAAAGACCAGAGCACCUGCGUAUGAAUCUAUGACAGAGCAAUGCUUUUAAUGAAUUUAAGGCAAAAAAAGGUGGGGAGAGGAUUUAUGAUUAUCCUUCAGGGUGAAACAAGAAGACUGAAAAUGACAGUCUCGAAGAGUCAGUGUCGUUACAUAGAACACUUUGGACAGAGGAAAAAUAAACCUGGAUUUUUUAAAAUCAAUCAAUGGUGCAAAAAAAAAAAAAUAA